AUGGCUAUCGAGAAAUCUCUCUCCGAGAACAUCAAGGGCGACAUCGUCACCGCGGACCACCCAGAGUACCCUGCUGCCAUUGCGCGAUGGGCCACGAACGCCGCACGCAAGGCCAAGGUGGUAGUAUUCGUGAAGGACCCGGAGGACGUCGCAGCAGCUUUGAAGCAUGCCCGUGAAAACAACCUGCCUGUAGCCAUCCGAGGGGGUGGACAUAACGCUGCUGGGGCUUCGUCUGUGUCAGAUGGUAUGGUUAUCGACCUGUCUCGGUAUCUGAACAAAGUUCGGGUCGAUCCUGAUAACAGAAGGGGCUACGUCGGCGGCGGGUGUGUUUGGAAGGACGUCGAUACAGAGGCCAUCAAGUAUGGACUAGCGACCGUAGGAGGAACAGUCAAUCAUACCGGUGUAGCUGGUUUGGCCCUUGGAGGAGGGUAUGGGUGGCUUAGUGGAAAGUAUGGCCUCGCAACGGAUAACCUUCGUCAGGCUACCGUAGUCACAGCCAACGGUCAAAUACUGACCGCCAAUGAGACCCAAAAUUCGGAUCUCUUUUGGGCUAUUCGAGGGGGCGGGUGCAACUUUGGCGUCGUCACAGAGUUUGUAUUUGAGCUGUACCCCCAGCGCGCGACCGUCUUUGGCGGUUUCCUGGUUUUCGCUCCACCUGCCUUGGAAAGUAUAAUUAAGGCCACGAAGGUCUGGUGGCCAACUGCCAGGGAAAAAUCCGGCAUGUGCCAGAUCUUGACGGUUGGACCUGACGGAAGGACUGUGGUAGUUCUUCUCCUAUUUUUCAACGGUUCCGAGGAGGAAGGAAGAGAAGAGUUCAAUGAGUUCUACAAGCUCGGGCCAAUCAUUGCCGAUAUGGCAAAAGAGAUACCAUUUGAGGAACUCAAUGGGUUACAAAACGACAUGUCGGAGCACGGCAAAGGCCAAUAUCUUAAGGGUGUCUCCCAAAAAUCGCCAGAUUAUCCCUCCAUGAAAAAGAUCAUGGACAAAAUGGAUGGCAUCGCUCAAAAGAAGUUUAUACCUGCCGUCAUCUACGAAUAUUUCCCAUUGCACAAGGUCAACUCUGUCCCCGUACAUGCCACCGCCUUCCGCCGUGAGACCACGCCAAACGUUUUGCUUAACUUUACCUGGGAGGGAGACAAGGACCGCACGGACGAAGCCCGAGCACUUGCCAAGGAUAUCAUCGACGAUGUAGUUGCAGGGCAGGUUGGGCUUUCGAAUUCGGAAAAAUUCGGCUAUACCAACUACGACACGGAUGUCGCUCAGAUCGACGUGCUCAGCAGUGCCGGGGACACGGACAGGUCGAAGAUGGCGUUCGCAUCUAAUUACCCCAGGCUCCAGAAGCUAAAAAAGCAGUAUGAUCCAGAGAACACCUUCAAUCGUUGGUUCCCCAUUACCCCCGCAUGA